AUGGCUGGUUACUGGUCUGCCAUUGCUCCCGGUCUUGAUCCAUGUUCAGCUUGUGGAAAAGCACUUAACAAAUACUCGAUCUUUCGCUACGAAAACUACCCACUAAAUAAUAAAGGACCAAUUACUGAUGAUAAAUGCCAAGUGGAGUAUUUAUUCAGUUAUUACGUUGAUACAGGAAACUCAAAAGAAAUGGCUUUAGAUACAACUUGUAAAUCCACCGAAAAUGGAUGCACUACUAAUCAUGUUACAGAAGCUUAUACAGAAGUUAAUAAUGCCUGUAAUGCUCAAUUGAAUACGUAUAACAAUGGCAAUAAUGAUAUGGCUGGAAUGUUAGCUGAAAGAACUAUGUUUGAAUUUUAUGUUGCUCAACCCAUGAGGAGUUAUUACUGUAGUAAAUCAGGGAAUGAAUAUUGCUAUAUCAAAAACAACGAACCAUAUGUGGAAGCAAAUUACAAAACUGCAAUAACUCCAUAUAAUCUAAAUCGUUUUGCAAAGCUUUUCAAAAAUAAUGAAUGCUCCAUAAACCUUCAUGCCGAAUUCAAAACCUAUUUCUCAACACCUCCUACAACUCCCAAUUUGCUAAAAAUUUUUAAUGCCGUUGAUUCUGCUAUAAAAAAUUUUACCCCUCCACCACCCACUCCCGGUAAUGAUCCCAAAAUCAAUCCCGGCACCAGUCCCACUUCUAGCACCAGCUCCAGUUCUACUAACACUGAAUUGCCUCCCUUUCCCACAUCAUCACCACCGCCAACAUCAAAGGGAUUCAAUAUUAUAUCGGUUGUUGGAGCAGUUUUUGUGGUAGUCGGCUUUGUGGUAGCAAAAGUUGGCAUGUCGAAAACCAACACUAACUCAACAGUAAAUUCCCCCGUAAAUGAAAAUAUUCCUGCGGAUACAGCAAAUAUUCCUGCAGAUAAGAGAAAUAUUCCUGUAGAUAAGGAAAAUAUUCCUGCAGAUACAACAAAUAUUCCUAUAGAUACAGUAAAGAUUCCUGUAGAUACAGAACCUUAUGUUAUGCCUGUCAAAAAACCUAUUUCUCAACAACCAACUAAAAAGGCAGUUACUCGUCAAUCACCAUCGAUAUAUGAUAUCUUCCAUACCCUUCAAUUUUUUGUAACCGUGGCUCUAGUUUCCUUGAUCCAUCUUUCAGAUAAUUAUCGGAAUUUGGCAUCUCAACUUGGAUGGUCAUUUGGGUUGCCAAAUGGCCUGGACAUUAAAUUUCUGUCUGAUAUUGCAGAUGAGAAAAUACGAAGUGCAAUAUGCUAUAUUAUUGAUACUACUUAUAUCAGUAUAAUUAGCACACUGGGAACCGAUCCAGAAUUAACUAGUAGGACUGGGUUCGGGAGUUAUGCAAAGGCGUUAAGUAUUCCAACAUAUAACUUAUUUUUUGUUAUGCUUAUCACAUUCUGUUCAGCAAUGGCAAUUGCAGCUGUUAUUGCAUCAUUGGCUGGGUUGGUUGCAUGGUUGUGUAAAUCCUUAUGGAAAAAAUGGCCUAUCUUAAAAACGGUAGCAAAUAAUAUUCACUUUUUGGUGCUUGGUGGAAUUUUACGUGUAGACGAAUUCGAGAAACCAGCUCACACUUUCCUUUAUGGCUCGAUCUACAAUCAAUAUCGGAAUCACACAGAUGCGAAGGAAACUCGCAUCUGGUUUUUCGCAUUAAUAUUCACUUGUGAUUUUAUUCGAGGCAUUGUCAUUGGAUUGGGUCAAAAUAGUAUUGCUGCACAAAUUGCUGCGUUGUUUUCAACAGAAAUAAUAUGCUUUGCCUUAUUACUAUAUUUCAGACCUUUUAAAACACGAACAAUGAACUGCUUGAAAAUAUGCAUAUCAUUUUUGAAGUUUGCAAUUGUGUGCAUGUUGAUACCAUUCUUGAAUGGUCCUAACGAUAGCCUUGAAAUUGCGAUAGAAUCAUUUGAAUUUGUCAUUUUUGGAAUGUUAAUUGGUGUGAUAAUUUUAAAUGCAAUUCUUGGAAUUCGAGAUCUCGAUAUUGCUAUUACUAAGGAAUUAAGUCGUGAUCACAUAUAG